GGCUCGUCUUCGGAGUCUUCUGGUGCGGGCGAACAUGCUAUGGAUGCCCGCCCGAGUGUAGUCCGGUCCGUCUCUGGGUCACAUGUUCGGCUUCGGACAUGCGUCUUCAUUGGGCAAAGACGUUGAGGUUGGUGGGCAUGAGUACGGUGCAAAAGAUUACCAAGACCCUCCCCCGGCGGACCUCUUCGACGCGGAAGAGCUCACAAAAUGGUCUUUUUACCGAGCCAUCAUUGCUGAGUUCAUUGCUACCCUUCUCUUCCUUUACAUCACUAUCUUGACUGUCAUUGGCUACAAGUCCCAAACCGACCCUGCCCAUAGUUCUGACCAAUGCGGAGGUGUUGGUAUUCUUGGUAUUGCUUGGGCCUUCGGUGGCAUGAUCUUCGUUCUAGUAUAUUGCACUGCCGGCAUCUCAGGAGGACACAUUAACCCUGCGGUGACUUUUGGGCUGUUUUUGGCUAGAAAGGUGACACUCCCGAGGGCAUUCAUGUACAUUGUGGCUCAAUGCUUGGGUGCCGUAUGCGGUUGCGGUCUGGUUAAAGCUUUCCAAAAGACUUACUACCAUACUUAUGGUGGUGGUGCGAACGAGCUCGCAGAUGGCUACAGCAAAGGCACCGGUUUGGGUGCUGAAAUCAUCGGCACAUUUGUCCUCGUUUACACCGUCUUUUCAGCCACUGACCCCAAAAGAAAUGCCCGAGAUUCCCAUGUUCCCGUAUUGGCACCUCUCCCUAUCGGAUUUGCCGUAUUCAUGGUUCACUUGGCCACCAUCCCAAUCACCGGCACUGGAAUCAACCCGGCUCGUAGUUUUGGUGCGGCCGUCAUGUACGGAAAAGAAAAGGCCUGGGAUGACCAAUGGUUGUUCUGGGUGGGACCGAUGAUCGGAGCCGCCAUCGCCGCCUUCUACCAUCAGUUCGUAUUGAGAGCCGGCGCAGUCAAAGCUCUUGGAUCCUCUAGGAGCAUGUGAGUACUUUUGGAAGAAAUUGUACAAAUUUGUGUCUUGUUUAAUGUGUGUAGUAAUUGUCUUGGGGCGCUUGGUUUUUUAAGGUGCCCAAAAAACUUUACUUUCAAGUCCUUUGAAUUUCUUUUGAGUUUCAUUUUCAGUCCCUCUUGUUUGUUGUAAAUUACUAAAUUGUAAUUUAUGAAUGAGUGCUUUAUGGCUAUGAAAAUUAUCUUUGAU